GGAACUUAACCUCCAAAUCUUCUAAGCCUUUAUUAAAUUUUUCAAGUUUCUACAAGUUCUAUGCGUAAUGUCGAAUAAAUCUGAAGAACAAGACGUGUAUGUACUUUUAGAUUUCCAAUCGAAGGAUGUAUCAAAGCUGUUAAAGCAACAAUCGGCAUAUUUCCGAAUGUUAAAUUUGAGUGAACCAAAACCUAUAGUCGAACUAGGCGAUGAUAUUUUCGAAGGUAUAUACGAAGACGCGAUUGGCACUAACAUCUACUUUGAAGAAAUUGAAAGUCGUGGCGAACCCGAUUUAUUUGAGGGAGAAACACCUAUAGGACUGAAGUAUUUGUUAAAGCAAUCGAAAAUUUUGAAACUGAAUCAUAUUGGCACAAAACCCAAAGUUGUAAUUGAUCCGUGUCCCAUUGAACCUGUAGGUAUUUAUGUGAAAGAUGACUACAGAGUUCUUUUAAAUAAGUGUAAAAAUGACGAGUUAAAUAUUCAGGAUUACAUUACGGAUGUAAUGCACUUGAGCACUGAUGAGGAGGAUUCUGAAAAUGAUCAAUCUGACAAAGCAGAGACUGUCGUUCCUGUUGAACCAGUGAAGGCGAUAAGAGAGGAUCAACCCAUAUCACUUAAUAAACCUUCACCACCUGAGUGGUUUCCAAACGACGAAAAGGGAACAAAAGACAAUCCAACUUACAAUAAAUAUUUAAAAUUGUUAAAAAUAGUGGAAGAACCGCGUAAGUCCCAGGGGUUGCAGUAUGAUACAUCAGUAAUAGCCGGACCAAUGAAUUUUUACAAUUGGAAAAAUGCUAUGAUGAGAAUUGUGGAACAACAACAAAUUAACUUGGAUAUUAGUAAAGGGAAUAUAAAUCACUUUGUCGACGUCGAACAAUCCAUUAAACAAGGUAUUAUCGACGGCCCAUCGACAGCAACACGCGUGUACGACCCAGAUGAAAAACGGAAGCUUUUUAGUUUUCAAAAUUUCGCCAAUUUGUCACCGCUGAUGAAAUUAAUUGUCCUCAACGAUUGCGUAAACUUCGAAAAAGCCGAAAUUGAGAACAUGACCGAGGUAGAAAUGCAGAAGGAAGAUGAGCAUCAUUGUACACCCAUGCAAAGGUUAAAGUUACUUAACGAUUUUAAAGAAGAAUUAUGUGCUCAUGUAUUUUCGCGAAUUAAGGAUGCGCAAAGGACUGAAAGCAAUUUGAAAAAUGCUAUUGUUAACAUAAAUUUAUCAGAUGAAGAAUAUAGUUGCAAUGAGACAUCUGAAGAUAGCAAUUCCAGUGAAUAAGUUGAGGAUCUGUAAUCUUUCACAAUGGUCAGCAAGGUGCUAAGGUUUACUGUGGUCAGUUCCUGUACUACGACUCGGGAUUAAGGGGAUGAAUAGUUGUAUAUAAUUCAUAGGAAGUCGACUUGCCUUUUCUGAAGGAUUAUAGCCUGAAGCACUGAAAGAUGUGUGAAAAAUUAAGCUAACUGUACCAUAGGAAUAACUUAUUAAAAUUUGUUUUUAUUUAUUUGAAUAAAAAUUUUAUAUCAAAUACAAUAUGUUUAUCUAAAUAUAAUACGGAAUUAAAAUAUCAGGUUAA